UCUUCCCAAAUCAGCAACUUGCGUCUCUCCUUUGUCAGUUCCUUUAUAAAAAAAAGUUUCCUCUUUUAUUCUUUUCAACAUUUCAGAAAAUCCCUAAAUUCACUGAACCCCUCCCCAUACUUUCUGAUCCUGUCCAAGUCCUCUCUUAUUAAUAACCCCAAAAGAUUGUUCCUUUCAAGUCUCAUUUUUCAUACAGAAGUCAUCAUCUUCUUCUUCUUCUUGCGUACAGGAUCUGGCUUUAAGGGCUCAAAGCUUCGAUUAGACACCACUGAGUCACUGAGUCAACUCGUUCAGAAACUCGGACUUCUCCGCAUUCUCAUUGCUUCGAUCAAGCUGCAUUGGUCAGAAUGAUUCGCAAAACCCCAAAUUUACAGAACGACAUCAUAAACAUCCAAGAGCGUUACUCAAACAACCUUGUCAUGGACGCAGGAGGAGGAAGAAACAACCGGAAAAACGUAAACUUUCGCCGUCCACCGGCAAUGACGUCAGAGAACAGCAAGCAUGAGUUGCGACGGACCUUCUCGUCGCAGAAAAGGUUGAUGAUCCCGGCGAACUACUUCAGUUUGGAGUCUCUGGUUAUACUGGUGGGUCUAACGGCGUCACUGUUGAUCCUACCGUUAGUUCUGCCGCCGUUACCUCCGCCUCCGUUUAUGCUGCUUUUGAUUCCCAUUGGGAUUAUGGUUUUACUCAUUGUUCUUGCCUUCAUGCCUUCUUCUUCUUCUAAGGCCAAAGAUGUAACUCACACUUUUAUGUAAAUCUCUUAUUAUUGUAUUUAUAAAGUCUACGAACGUUAUUACACACAA